AUGAACUAUUAUAAACUAAUAUCCUCAACCCAGGUACAUCGUGUUCAUCAGCUUCCGAGGCGACGACGUCUGCGACACCUUCUUCAGCCAUCUCCACGAUCACCUCAGCCGCCACAAGAAGAUCCUCACCUACAUGGACGACGCCCACCUCGCCCGAGGUCAAUCAAUUUCGGCGUCCCUCUCGGCCGCGAUCUAGAGUUCGACGGUCUACGUCUUGAUCCUGUCGCCGAACUACGUCGGGUCCAGAUGGUUCUUGGACGAGCUUGUGAUAGUCCUGGAGUGCGAGGAGCGUUACGACAAGAGAGUGAUUUCGGUGUUCUACAGCAGGGUGGGUCCCGGUGA